AUGGCGAAAAUAUACAAGGAUACCAGAGUUGACCUUCGGCCGUACUCGCCGAGCAGCGUCGCCUACAUCCAGAUUCCAACACAAGAGAGCACGCAAACUCGGGCUCGAUUCUCGAUAGCCUCAUCCUUUACCAGCCACGAAGAACCGGCCGCAAAAGAUGAGGAGGAAUUUUCUCGACGGCAUCUGGCCACGCAGGGUUCGAUCUAUUUUCGCAAACACAGAGUUUAUCCCCGGACGUUUCUAUGGCGGGUAGUCAAUGACAACAAGGUUCUGGAGAUCCAGUGCGUGGAUCUGACCAAGGCAGGGAUUGAACAUUCCGAAUAUAAUAUCACGCUGCGCUUGGAUUUUCAGGAAGAGAUUAUUCCGUCAGGGGUUGACUUUGCCGAUUUGGAGGAUCACGAGACCCUGAGCGUGUUUGUGAUUACGGCUUCGAAGCAGUUGCAUACGCUCACGCUGCGCCCGGAGUUCUUUCGACGCGCAGCAGCAAUCGACGAGAAUGUGAACGACUGGUGCAAAUCAUGUGUUCCAGCACCUUUGGCUUUCUCGCACCCGCACCGAUUGCAUGCGAGCAGUCCGCUCGAGUUGUUUAUCUCCCUCGACAAUGGCGCGCUUCUGCGACUGACCAGGAAGUCGGGCGACGAUGGAUCACAUUGGACGCCUCUUACCUUCGAUGAAAGAACCUGGGGUGCAUCGAUUCGCGGGUUGGUCCGGUGGCAUGCGCAGCCCACGAUCAAGUAUCAGGGACGCCAUAUCGAUGUCAACGCCGCGAAUGCCAUUGCUACUACAUCCGAUCAGACUUAUGCGUUUGCCGUCUGCCUGAACCAUACUCUCAAAAUAUGGAACCUGGCCACGAACAAGUUGGCUGCCACGAAAGAUCUGCUGGACCGGCAGGUACAGCAACAGGAAUCUGUUUCAUACUCGCUGAAUCCCGCCGAAUCAUCUUUCAUCCGGGUAUUCAACGUCGAGAGAGCGCUGGACGGAGGCUACCGCUACUACAUUGUUACAUAUUCCCCAUUCGAGGAUGGUCGCUUCAAGUUCUGGGCUGUCAAAGGAGGCUUGACGUCGCAGCUGGUCGUCGAGGACCUCUUUCCUGAUGCUGCUCUGACGCCCUUAGACCCGGACGCAACCGGAAGCAUGUUUUGGACCGUUGCUGAUUUCCAGGUCAAGCCUAUGGAAGAAGGAAAGCGCAUGGAGCUGUGGGUGAUGUGGAGGAACAACACCGUCUAUCAACUAUACACUCUGCACUUCAACUUUGAGACUCUUGUGACGGAUUGGGAGACGAACUGGGUGUCGACGGCCAUGGAUACACGGAUUCACGCACCGUUACCCACUGUUGCGUCAGAGGACGCCGUAGAUCCGACGGAGAAGUGGCUGAGCUACAUGCUUCAGCCGAACAGAUAUUCCCCGGAGGUCCUUGAGACUGCUUUGUCUGUUUACCAGGAGGCAAUUAAGCCUUUGUCCUCUUCUCCUGUACCGGCAAAGAAGAACGCCUCCAUUUCCGAACGACUUUGCUCCACAAUCGCUGCCUCGGUGGCCCUCCGCAAGUACGCCGAAGACGACAUGGACUUUACGCGAUAUCGGGUAGAUACUGACUCCAAAUGGCGUCAGUUCUGGCAAAUCGCAGAGGACAUCAACAAGCGAAGAUUUGAGCCCCUCCGGCUUGCUUACGACGUUUACAACGAAGUUCCUUGGAUGCUGUUAUCGGAUAGCUGCGCAGUCAUCCGGGAAUGUAGCUCUACCGAGCUGCUUCUGCACAACAACGGUCCCGAGCUCCGCGCAGAAGGUCCCAAGAUAGUGGACCGAUGGAGCCACAGAAACUUGAGCUCGGAGAUCGGGGAUAGCUUCGAAGAAGCCUCCUUCCUACUUAGAGUGGCUUCGGGAUUCCGACAACGGUUCCCGGCAGAGCUUGAGGCAGCGUGUCAUAGCGCCCUUGAGGCAGAAAUCUAUGCGGAGCCUUCGUCGUCCAUCCCUGACCGCAUGGAUGCUUUCCGUGAGCGGUGCGACUUUACAGAAAAAAUCUCCAACAAAACGUAUGACGGUCUCAUCACUGCCAUGAAUGAGCGGCUGAACAUUUUCAAAUUGUCAAACAAUAUCUUUUACACUAUCAUCGACACAAUUCCGCUUGGAUUUCCUGGCAAAGAUUCCGAGCUUCUCCCUACCCACUUCGGAGUCAAAGUCACUGUGAACGGCGCCCAAGAGACAAUUGAGAACACAAGACGACUCCUGAUCGACCUCUUGCUCCUCGUAGUUUUUGUGGAUGGCGAGGUGCAGCAGGAAGACGGAUCUACUUUCGACACGGGGGAUCUCUUCGCCACCUUAAUCUCCUUGUUGAGGGAAUAUGAAAUGAUGUCGUGGCUUAGCUCGAACGUGCGGAAGUGCGCCGAUAAAUCUUCCAGUGUAUCCAGCGACAUGUCAACCUCGUCCUUUUCACUAAAGGACUCAGCACCCAAGAAUAAAUCCGAGAGGGUGGUCACUCUCCUUGAAGACUUGUUCGCUGCUGAUAUUAAGCCUCGACAAGCGGUUGGUUUGCCCCAAAGCUUCACUCUGACACUCGGCAUCCGGGAUGUUCUGUCCUGGGUGACUCGUCAAGGGGAGGUGGCUUAUCCCAACGCAUUGGUCUACAUACAGUGCGAUCUUAUCGCGAAGAAUAACAUCGACCUCGCAUGGGACUUCCUUCGCUUCCAGCAACAGGCAACCACAUCUUGGGCGACCUAUGUCAAGGGCCGCUUGUACGUGGCCAUGUCUGAAUAUGACACAGCGGCUUUGUAUUUCCGCAAGGCUGCAUAUCUUCUCUCAUGCGGAAAACCUCUUGGUAACCUGCACGAAAUGUCGUCGACGCUUCUCGACAUUGUCUCAGUGGACUGCUUUCACAACGGUCUCCCCAAAUAUUUCCAUCACAUCCUGUCCAUCUUUGAGCAAGCACGUUCAUUCUCGCAUGUUGCGGACUUUGCAAGCCUUGCGCUACAAGCGUUUGCAGGUGAACACAAGAACGAUAAUGAUCCGGAGCGCAUGAACAUGCAGACUGAUCUUCUCUCGCGCCUGUUCUACGCGUCCUUGAAAACGUGCCAAUUUGACCAGGCAUACUCGGCGCUUGCCCGAUACCAUGACCAGGCGCUGCAAAAAUCUGCUCUGAGCUCGCUCAUCACAGGUAUAUUGACUGCGGCGGGACCAGGCACCUCUGGGCUCCAGCAGCUUCUUCACUUCCCCACAUCUCUUCUCCCUAAUAUCGCCACACAUGUAGACGACACCCUUGUCUCGCUUGCUCGGAAACAGACCUCGUUCGACUCGUUCCUCGACACCGGAAGCAAGUGGUCCGAUAGCACGCCUGACUACCAGCGAAUUUUGCAGGCCUACCGCGUUGCGCGGAAUGACUACCGUGGCGCUGCGGAGAUCGCAUACCGAAACGUGCAGCGGCUAAGAAACGCCAGAGACAGCCCAUCUAACCAUUUCGUCUUGUCCAAGGGCCGCGAAGCGGACGAUGCACGGGCGAUAGUCGAGGAGGACGACCCGGAGAGCAAGGAGAUCCGGCACGAACUCCUCUCCCUCAUCAAUCUGCUCGGCUGCGUCGACAAGAGCGAGGCAUACAUCCUCGUCGAAAAGGAUGACUCCUCCGACCGGCGCCACACCAGCUUCCAAGCAGAUGACGACGGCAACGUCUUCCUGGACGAUGCCAACGCCAACGCCAACACCAGUACCGGCGCCGCGUCACCGUCCCCCGCGCCCUCAGGAUUCACCCGCAGACUCAGCGCCAGCACCGGCGCAAUCAAACCGACCAGCUCCACCCGCACAAACAGCACCAGCAAGUCCCCAGCACCGAACAACACCCCCCAUCGCCGGGUCAUCGUAACCCUCGACCACCUCCGGCGCGAGUACCAGUCCGAGCUGGACCGGGUGAGCCGUAUCGAGCGCGGGGAUUGGGAAUUCGGGCUCCUCGAUGCGCCGGAGGCGGAUAAUGAUGAUACGAUGAUUCUUUCCUAG